AUGACUUUUGGCCACAUUUUCGAGUAUGAAGACAGCAAAGAAAAAUUAUCCAUGGUUACCGAGUUGUUGCUUUUUUUAUCUCUUGAAAUACCCGCAAUUCCAACAAAAGCAAAAUGGUGGUGGGUUCUUGCAGCUAAACUACAGUUUGACUGGAUUGUCAUCAGCGUUCUUAAUGGUGUUGUUAAAGGUGUGCUUUUCAGAAAUUAUAUAAACUCUAAAGAGGAAAAGCAAUUAACAGGUGCUCUUCAGGAACUACAUUCUUACUUUUGGUUUGAAAAAGCAAUUACAAAUACUAUUCAAAAACAACAUGCUGAUUUUGGCUAUGACAAACUUUGA